CUGGUAAUCACGAUACUAUUGUCUGUGUCCCUGAGGUUUUUUUCUUAAUCUUUUCACCUUUUCACACAGUCCCCUAACCCACCGCCCCUCUGAGAGCUGUCAGUCUGCUUUCUGUAUUCAUCUUAAAGGCCCAAUUCAGUUCAGAGUUAAAAACAAUUGGAUAAGUAGCGAUGAUUUUCAAAUGACUCUUAAACUAGGGGAUAUUUCUCCUUCUCUUUGUAGAUAAGGUCAUCUCCUGGUCAGUGAUGGCAUGUGAGUCACCCCAUUCCCGUUCCAUACUAACGGCAGGAAUGACAAAUAAAUUACAAGUUCUUUGGCUCAGUGUGGAUAUGGCUUCAGAAUUCUCUUCAACAAUUCACUCCAGGAAAAGUGAUCUCCUUUGGCAGUGGAGAUAAAAACCAUGUCUCUUCCCUAUUGUAUAUGAAUAUCUCUCAUAUAAAUAAGCUCUAUCCACUUUAAAGUAUUGAAUAAUUUUUCUGCUCAUGACUUCUGCCUGACCUCCCACUAUAGCCUUCAGCAAUUUCUAAUUUCCUGUUCUUAUUUACAACAGAAGCAUGUAACCAGCUUUUCACAUGGAUGCACCAACUGCUUGAUGACUGUGAUAAAAUGGUAUCAUAAACUGGUCCAAGGUGAAUUUUUCUUUUUCUCAUAAUUGCAUAUUUUAUAUGCUUACUCUAGUAGCAUUUAGCAUUUCCUUGGAAAUCAUGCAAAACCAAAGCUUUGUAACUGAGUUUGUCCUCUUGGGGCUUUCACAGAAUCCAAAUGUUCAGAAAAUACUAUUUGUUAUACUUUUGUUCAGCUAUAUGGCAACUCUCGGGGGCAACUUAUUAAUUGUGGUGACCAUCAGCAGCAGCCCAGCACUCCUGGAUUCCCCCAUGUACUUCUUCUUGGCUUUCUUGUCCUUCCUGGAUGCCUGCUUCUCCACAGUCACUGCCCCAAAGAUGAUUGUGGACUCUCUCUCUGAGAGGAAGACCAUCUCCUUUGAGGGCUGCAUGACCCAACUCUUUGCUGGACAUUUCUUUGGUGGUGUGGAGGUGAUUGUCCUCACAGUCAUGGCCUAUGACCGCUAUGUGGCCAUCUGCAAGCCCUUGCAUUACUCUUCUAUCAUGAACUGGAGACUCUGUGGCAUUCUGAUGGGGGUGGCCUGGACAGGGGGCUUCUUACAUUCCAUAAUACAAAUUCUCUUUGCUUUACAGCUGCCCUUCUGUGGCCCCAAUGUCAUUGAUAAUUUCAUAUGUGACUUGUACCCUUUACUAGAGCUGGCCUGCACUGACACUCAUGUGUUUGGCCCUUUGGUGGUGGCCAACAGUGGGUUUAUGUGCAUCCUAAUCUUCUCCUUGUUGCUUGUCUCCUAUGGUAUCAUCCUGUGCUCUCUGAGAACCCACAGUACUGAAGGGCGGUUGAAGGCUCUCUCUACUUGUGGAUCUCACAUUAUUAUUGUGGUUUUGUUUUUUGUCCCCUGCAUAUUCACGUUUGCCCGACCUCCAUCCACUUUCUCCUUUGACAAAAUGGUGACAGUAUUUUACACCGUCCUAACCCCCUUGCUCAAUCCUUUGAUUUACACUAUCAGGAACAAAGAAGUGAAAAAUGCCAUGAAGAAUGUGUGGAACAGAGUAAUGGUAGUUUGUAAUGAAAGAGAAAAUGUGAAGUUGUGA